AUGCGCCGCGCAGAUAAUGCUAUAUCUAAGCGAACAAUCCCUCUCGUCGUUCGCGGAUACAGUGUUCGCGUUGAGGCUCUUGGUGUCAUCCACAUCAUCGGCAAAGAUGAGACCUCGGCCUCUGUAACAUACAAGCAGCAGCAAACCGGCGCUAGAUAUGAGCUUAACAGUAUAAACGAAGAUGUAUAUGUUGAUCUGCGACGAUUCAUUACAUCCAAGACAUUCAAACGUCCAACUGAGGGUCCCGCUGAGGGAGAAGGAAGACCGGAAGCGAGCCGCAAAGCGAUUUCAGCCAUCCUUGAGUGUAUCCUUAAGUCAACGAGACUUAUCUACACUACGCCAAAUGCCGCAGCCCAAAAACCAUACAAGCAACAUUAUAAAGCCGCUCGUGCGGUAAUGAUCGGCGAAGCAGGAGCCAUGGCCGUGAGCGAAGCAUCGAUGGUGAUCGGCGACAGGGAACGGGAUUCGGUACAAUGCACCGGCUUGACCAUUGAGCGCCAUGAGAAGACCGGCGAGCAACUGGCCACCGAGUGA